AUGAAGAGGCUUUGUGAAGCUGAUUCCAAUGCAACCGAAACAAUGGACGAGGCAUUGCUAAUCGGCAAGCUAAGAGAGAAUUUACUACAAAAAGAAGACUAUUCCAUUACACGUGGAAGACUAGUUUGUUUAUGGAUAGCUGAAGGUUUUGUAAAAGAAGAUAGAGGUAAAACAGUGGAAGAGGUUGCAGAAGAAUACUUGAAAGAGCUCGUUCGCAAGAGUUUGGUUCAAAUGUUGCCUGCCUUCAAACAAGACUUGCAAGAGCUAAAGUUAGUGGACCUGGCAAAUGAUGAUGGAGGAAGCCUAGUUGAUGAGCUAAUAAUGGUAAGGCAGUUGAGGAAAUUAAGCAUGGAUAACGUGAAAAAAAGAGGACGGAAAGAAUCUUUGCAUUCAAGUGUAACUCGGAAUGACAUUAUUGAUUUACAACAUAUUUCAUCUCCACCUGAUUCUCUACAACGUCUUGUCUUGACUGGGCAUUUGGAGAAGUACCCUUGUUGGAUUUCUAAACUUCGACAUUUGAUCACAAUAAGUUUGAACGACUCAAGGUUGACAGAGGAUCCAUUAAAAUUCCUUCAAACUCUGCCCAGUUUAGUAGAGCUUGUGCUUGUUAACGCAUAUGAUGGCAAGGCCUUGCAUUUUGAGGCAGGGGUAUUUCUGAAACUUGAACGACUUGAUCUCGUGUGGAUGACUAAAUUAAUUUCCGUGAAAGCAGAUGCAGGAGCACUGCCUCUCUUGAAAUAUUCAGAAAGACUCCGAUGUCCGAGAUUGACGGAGGUUGCCUCGUGCACUGUUGUAAUUUUUUCUAAAAAAUUUUCUUUGCAUGCUGUCCUUCAGGUGAAGUGUAGCGUUACCCUUGCAGCACUGGUGUACCACAUUUGGGAGGAGAGAAAUGCUGGUAUUUUUCGUGGUGCAAGGUUGCGCCAAAAUUCAAUUCGAUCUAGGCUUUUCAAUAGCAUUACCUCAAUCCUGAAAUUGGGGAUUUUUAUACAUUCCAUCACUGCUCAUCACAUCCUCAAGGACUGGGACCUUCCUCCCUCUUGUUGUCGUCCUCCGUCGCGGCCGCCGGACUGA